AUGGCCAAGAAGGCCAAGGGAAAGGGCGGGAAGGGCGGCGGAAAGAGCAAGGGGCCGAGCGAGGAGGAGCUUGCCAAGCAGGCGAACGCCGUCAAGAACUUCCAAAAGGCGCACGCCGCCUCCUCGCAGGCGCAUGGCGUCGAGCCGCUCGGCAUCGCGACCGGCACUGGCGAGGCGGCCUUCGGCUGCGCGGUGGUGGGGCCGCACCUGGUGGCCGCCGACAAGGGCGGCGUGACGGCGCUGCACGUGCGCGCGCUGCUCGAGGGCUUCUCCCUCUCGGCGUACGGCUACCUUCAGACGCUGGCGCUGUGGAACGUGCCGAUUGGCGACGACGGCGCCGCCUACCUCGCGCUCUACCUCAGGAGGCGCUCGUGCACGCUCCGGUCGAUCGAGCUCAAUGACUGCGGGGUGGGAGAGCUCGGGUGCAAGGCGAUCGGUGGCGCCCUGGAGGACAAUGCCACCGUGCGGUGCCUGCAGCUCGACCUGAAUGCCUUUGGCGACGCUGGGGCGAGGGCGCUCGGCGCCUCGCUGCCCUCAAACAAGGGCCUCACGUCCCUCUCGAUGCAGUACUGCGGCCUCACCGAGGCGGCCGGCGCGAUCCUCGCCGGCGGCGUGCUCCGGCUGCCGAGCCUCGCGUCGCUCGAGCUGCGCGGCAACGACCUCGGCAGCGGCGGCGUGGUGGAGGUGCUGCGGGCGCUGGUUCCGCUGCACGCGGGGGGGCAGCCGCACCCGGCGAUGGCACACCUCGGUGUGGCCGACACGGGCUGCGCCAUCGAGGGCGAGCUGCACGAGGCGCUCACCGCGUGCUUUGACGAGAACCCGCUCUGCGGCUCGUUUGACAUGCGAGGGGCGCCCCUCGGCGACACGACGGCGUACGAGCUAAUCACGCUCUUCAAGAAGGUGCACACGCACGUUCAUGCCUUCGAGGUGUCCGCGACGAGCGGGUGGGGACCGCUCGACCCGCAGCUGUACAAGCAAAUCUACGCGGUCACCGCGGCGAACCAGAAGGGCAAGAAGGGGGGGAAGAAGGGCAAGAAGAGAGGCAAGAAGAAGAAGUAG